GUGAAAUUCAAAUCAAACCAUGUCUUCAGAGAGGGCAAUUCAGUGGCAGAGGUAUUAAGUUCAAUGUCUUACGGCUUCGUGUGAAAACAAUGAAGGAAGCACGGUCAGAGAAGCAGGUAGCUAAGAUAUUUGUUCCAGGUGGAGCUACUCUCUAUUCUGCCCACUCAAUCAAAAUAAGGGAAGAUGAAGGUUAUAGGACCUAUUAUUUCUAUGAGUAUGGACAAGAUGAAAGACACAUUGCACUUGUAGCAGCCGUUAAUGGCGGAAAGGCAUUCAUUGUCGGAGCAACAGCCCCAGAGGAUAGAUGGAACGAUGAUGGCAUCAAACUUCGAUCCGCUGCUGUGUCAUUCACGGUUCUAUGAUCAUAUGAACGAAAGAGAGAUUUUCAAAAGUGAUGAGAAAAGAGAUGUGUUAACAAUAAUGAUACUGGGAGAGAAUUACCUGUUAUGCAUCAUCUACUAAGAGAUUUCAAAUCAUCCUUCAUAAAACGAAGGGCAGAAAAAUGUGCCCAACUUUUAUCAAAUCAUCCUCAUAAAUUUGCAUAAACUUGCAUGAGAUGUUGAUGCUACGAUGGUCUGAUAAUUUUGUGAUAUAACUCUAUUAGGGUAGAAUACAUAAUUUAUAAGGAAGGGGAUUCUCUUUGCCUAUAAAUAGAUACUCCCUCCGUCCCACUAUAUUCGUCCACUUUUGACUUUUGGAACUGUUCAUCUAAGCACUUUGACUCAUUAAAUUCUCUCAAUGUGUAAGCCUAAAUAUAGUCAUGCGUGAUCUUGUUUGAUUUGUCUUAACAUAUAGAUUAUUAAUAUAUAAUUUCUAUAAUUUUUUAAUAUACAAAUUACAAGAUAAAAUGGAUUAAAGAAGUGUAUUGGAUGGUGUGCAAAAAUGAAAGUGGACAAAUAUA